AAAGAAACUAUUUGUAUUCCAAGGGUCCGAGAAAAGAAAACCAUGUUAGGCAUAGUUUCCUUCUGGAAUAUACGAAGUAGGCAUUGGUGCGGAGGAAUAACGAGGAAAAGAAAGAAUUAUACUCAAUACCUUCGUUGCAUCGAGACUCACAAUAAUCUGAAUCCAGAACAUGGAGAUGCAACAACUCCUCAGUAUGGGCUUUCCCGAUGAGUUAGCCGCUCAAGCCCUGGCCGCCACCGGCGGCAAAUCCACCGUCAAAGCCACCGAAUGGAUUCUCACUCACAAAUCCAACGCCGCCAACACCUCCACAUUCCAGCCCAAGCUUGAUCGCUUCUUCCAUUCUUCUCAAUCCCCCACACCUCCACAAUCGCAAUCACAGGAACAAAUAGAAGAAGAAGAAGAAGACGAAGAACCUUCCAAACGUCCCAGACCUUCUACACAUUCUGCGCAGCAUCCACAGCCACAACCACCGCCACCACCGCCACCGCAACAAAACUGGCCCACUUUCUUCUUGAAAACCGCAGAGAAGAAAAACGCCAACACUCACAUUCACCAACCCUUGUACGAGCGCUUGCGUCCCAGGACCCUCGACGACGUCGUAGGGCAGGACCAUCUCCUCGCCGCCAACUCCCUCCUUCGCUCCGCAAUCCAACGCAACCGCCUCCCCUCCAUCCUCCUGUGGGGUCCACCUGGUACUGGUAAGACCACUAUCGCUAAAGCCAUCGUUAAAUCUUCAACCGCAACACGUUACCGGUUUGUCUCCUUAUCCGCCGUCACUAGUGGCGUUAAGGACGUCAGGGACGCCGUUGACGAGGCUCGAAAACUCAGACUUAAAUCCAACCAAUCCACCGUUCUCUUCGUGGACGAGGUUCACCGGUUCAACAAGUCCCAGCAGGACUCUUUCUUACCCGUCAUUGAAGAUGGCAGCAUUGUAUUCGUUGGGGCCACCACUGAGAACCCUUCUUUCCAUUUGAUUACACCUCUCUUGUCUCGCUGCCGUGUCCUCACCCUUAACCCUCUCCAACCCCACCACCUUGCCUUGCUUCUGAACCGCGCUGUCAGUGACGCCGACAAAGGGUUGGUGCAGAGCGCGGGGGUUCAAGUUGAUGUUAAAGAGGAUGCUGUUGAUUAUAUAAGCAACAAUUGCGAUGGAGAUGCUCGGGUGGCCCUCAAUGCUCUGGAGAUUGCAGCUGUUACUGCAGCAGCGAGGGUACAACAUGGUAAACAAAAAGAAGAAGGGGUGGAAGAUCUUCAUACAAACGAGGAUUAUAAGGUUGCUGUUGUUAGUGUUGAUGAUGCAAGGGAAGCACUUCAGUGCAAGCAUCUUGCUUACGAUAAAGCAGGGGAAGAGCACUAUAAUCUGAUCAGCGCGCUGCACAAGUCUAUGAGGGGAAGCGAUGCGAAUGCAGGUAUUUAUUGGUUGGCAAGAAUGUUAGAGGGAGGUGAAGAGCCUCUUUACAUUGCACGCAGACUCAUACGAUUCGCAAGUGAGGAUGUUGGUUUGGCUGAUCCAUUAGCUCUUAAUCAGGCUGUUUCUUGCUACCAAGCUUGCCACUUCUUGGGAAUGCCCGAAUGCAAUGUAAUUCUUGCACAGUGCGUUGCUUACUUGGCCUUGGCACCUAAAUCUGUUGCAGUGUAUCGAGCCUUAGGGGCCGCGCAGAAGGCAGUGAGGGAAUCUGCGGGACAGAAUGAGGGGGUGCCUCUGCAUUUGAGGAAUGCUCCAACCAAAUUAAUGAAGGAAAUUGGGUAUGCGAAGGGAUACAUCUACCCUCCGGACAACCCUUCCUCCACACAGACUUACUUGCCACCAUCACUUCAAGGCUACAAGUUUCUUGAUUGGCCUGACAGGAUUCCUUAUGAUGGAUCAGAGCAUUAAAUCAAAGAUCAGGAGUUAUGUGUCAUUUUUUAUCUUUUGUUUUGCCGUAUGUAUAUUUUUUCACCAUUGCUGAGAAAUACAUCAACGAUGAUGGGGGUGAAAUGCAUUAUGUAAAUUUUGACACAGUUAAAUAUCAUUCUGACAAGUUUUAUUGUUU